AUGGCUAAAGCUACUACAAUAAAAGAAGCUAUAAAGAAAUGGGAGGAUAAAACGGGCGACCAGGCGGCUACGGCUACCGAAGUCAGUUUAAUGUUCCAAUGGCCUCCGAUUGAAAAAAUGGACAAUACACUCGCUACUUUGACUAACUGCGAAAAACUAAGUUUAUCAACGAAUAUGAUUGAAAAGGUGACCGGAUUGAAUACUUUUAAAAAAUUACGAGUAUUGUCCUUGGGACGGAAUUAUAUUAAAUCAUUUACGGGCAUGGAAUCGUUGGGCGAUUGCUUAGAAGAAUUAUGGAUCUCAUAUAAUUUGAUUGAGAAACUGAAAGGGAUACAUGUAUUGAGGAGUUUAAAAGUAUUGUAUAUGAGCAACAACUUGGUGAAAGAAUGGAGCGAGUUCAAUAAGUUACAGGAACUCCCACACCUAGAAGACCUGUUAUUUGUUGGGAAUCCUCUAUACGAUGGUUGUGAACUAGACGCCUGGCGAUCAGAGGCUGCCCGUAGACUACCAAACCUGAAGAAAUUGGAUGGCGAGACAGUAUUGAGAGAAGAUGAGCCGCCUUUAACAGUUGCUGAUAUGCAGCCUGACUGUGGAGAUGGUGUUGAAACCUUGGUCAGCGCAGAAACCAACGAUUGAAAAAAAGAAAGAGAAAAAAAGUUUAGAACAUUUAUUGUGCAAUAUUCUUGCUUCAAUUUUACUAUUAACCGCAAUG